AUGUAUUUCUCAGGUGGCACGGGCUUUAUUGCCUCUCAUGUCUUGGACUGUCUGCUUGACUUUGACUUCGACGUCGUCGUGACGGUGCGGUCCCAGGAAAAGGGGCAGCGAAUUCUCGAGUCGAUCGACGAGACGCUGCGAAAGCGAACCACGUUUGUGGUGGUCGAUGAUGUCGCCAAAGAAGGGGCAUUUGACGAGGCGGUGCAGUCAAACCCUCCCUUUGACUUUGUCAUCCACACGGCCUCUCCCUACAGGUUCACCUUUGACGACCCGGUCAGAGACUGCCUCGACCCAGCCAUUAAGGGCACCACGGGCAUCCUUCACUCCAUCCACGCCCACGCGCUCACCGUCAAGCGUGUCGUCAUCACCUCGUCCUCGGCUGCCAUGCUCAGCCCGGCGAACCACCCCAAGGUCUACGAUGAGUCGUGCUGGGCCGACAUAACCUGGGAGCAGGCCAUGAACCCGCACGAGACCUACCGCGCAAGCAAGGUAAGAGUCGCUUCUCUUACACGGCAUCAUACUCUGAUUGAAAUCCCUCAGAAAUUCGCCGAACAAGCCGCCUGGUCCUUCAUCACCACUUACAAGCCCUCCUUCUCCCUCGCCACAAUCAACAACACCUACACAUUCGGCCCAAUCCAGCGUACCCUGACAAGCCUCGACAACCUAAACACGUCCAACCAGCGGAUCUGCGACCUCGUGCAGGGCCGCAUGCGCGCCGGCAUCCAGCCGACCGCGCCCGUCUUCACGUUCGUCGACGUGCGCGACGUGGCGCUGGCGCACGUCCUCGCCCUGACGAAGCAGGACGCCGGCGGGAUGCGAUUCUACGUUGUGAGCGGCUUCUUCUCGAAUCCCAGGCUGGCCGAAAUCAUUCGGAGGCGAUUUCCUGAGCUGGCGGGGCGGUUACCACCUGAGGAGGAGGUGGAGGAUGAUUUUCCAAAAGAUCACUGGUGGUUUGAUAACGCGAGGUCCAGGAAUGUGCUGGGGCUGGAGUAUAGACGACUGGAGCACAGUGUUGUGGAUACGGUUGAGUCGAUUCUGAGGUUUGAGUCUGAGGACAGAGGGGAUCGGGACUGGCGGAAGUGGCGAUGGUCACGGCUUGGUAAGUGA